GCGAAGGCAGACAUGGAGGAGCUGAGCGCCGUGGGAGAGCAGGUUUUUGAUGCGGAAUGCAUCUUAAACAAGCGGCAGAAAAAGGGAAAGUUGGAGUUUCUGGUGAAGUGGAGGGGAUGGUCGUCCAAACACAACAGCUGGGAGCCCCAAGAAAACAUCCUGGACCCCAGACUGUUGGCUGCAUUCAACAAGAAAGAGCAAGAAAAGGAACUUCUGCUGCUCAAGAAAGGGAAAAGGCCGAGAGGACGACCCCGGAAAAUACUAGAAAAUGUGCCCGAAGCUAAGUCAAGCAGCUCUUCAUCCGGCUCCUCAUCAUCCUCCGAUUCCUCCUCCUCGUGCUCCUCCUCUUCAUCCUCGUCGGAGGAUGACGACGACGACGACAACGACAGAAACAACGUCAAACCGGCGACGCCAGGAGUCAGAACGCGGGACCUCCACCCGGUCCCCCAGAAGAAGGCGCAGAUCGUCGUCGCCAAACCGGAGCCCCCGAAGAAGCGAAGCAGGAAACCUCCGUCGCCCGAAGCGAAGGAGUUCCCGCAGAACAAGGGGGUUCGCAAGAUCGUCAAGGGGUCCAAGGACGCCGAUGUCCCCGGGGCGAUCAAGAAGCCCGUUCACCCGGCGAGCUUCACCUUCAUGGGGUUCCAUCGGGGCUCGCCUCGGGAUGCGGUAGCCGCUCAGAGCAGGAGCUCUCUAACUCAAGGAGGGGCCGUUAAAAACUCUGUUGGACCCGGAAGGUCGGUCCAACCGGCCUCCGUAACCCUGAGCAAAGCCAGCCAGAGCAGGAAUGUCAGCGAGGGGAAACUGUCCGUCUCCGGCGCGACAAGUCUGGAUUUGAAAGCAGCUGCUGGUAAAUCAAAAGGCGUAGCGGCGUUGAAUUUGAAUACAUCCAAACACCUCAUUCAAGGAACCACUCAACACACACUAAGCUCCCCCAUCGGACAAAAGAAGGCCCCGGCCCCUGUGUCAACACCGCAGCGGACACCCAAUAAUAAACCUUCUUUACCGACUAAGAACGCCCCCGUCAAUCAGAGUCCUGGCCCCCAGCCGCUCAACCUCCAGAACAAACGGGUGCAGGGCGGAGGCGCUCCUGGAAACGUCACUGCUCCGGUGUCGGGGUUGAGAAACACAACGAACCCGGCGAGGAAAACAACCGUCCCGCAGAACCAGGAGUAUAAUCCCCCUCAGAGUCCGGCGGCACCCGGGAGACUUCAGACCAGGAAGAGCCAGCCCGGGGCGGACAAGAUCAAGGAGGCGACAGAAAUCCAGACCCCCAGAGUCCAAGGCAGGCUGGAGAAGAGCGGCGUGCAGAAAUCCUCCACGGAGGUCCAGAGCCAGCCGGAGAGACCGGCCGCCAAGGACGGCAAGAAAGCCGAAAUGAGCACGGGCGAAGACGAGAGCUGCUCGGACUCCGACCAGGACUCUCCCUACGUGGGACAGGAUUGCUCGGUGGCCUCCCAGAACCAGGACUGGAAGCCCACGCGGAGUCUGAUAGAGCACGUCUUCGUAACGGAUGUCACCGCUAAUCUGGUUACAGUCACGGUCAAGGAGUCGCCGACCAGCGUGGGCUUCUUCAACAUUCGCAACUACUGACGGGGGAAUCCAGUCGCUGCAAGCCAGAUGGGCUUUGAAGCAAACAUUUUUUGGCGUGGGGGUUUCGGUUUCUGAAGGAAUUAGAUAAAAACCUUUUUCGGCUGGAGAAUUCCUGAGGAAUGCCUCGAGGGGGGCGAGGGGGGCCGGAGGUUUAUUUGCGCUUCAUCUUUCUUUUAGUAAAAGACCAGUUUUUUAGGUUUAAAUACAAAAGGACAGAACGUCAGUUGUUGAUUGUGAUUAUUUAUUUGCUUGUGGUCUACAAAUUGUUGGAGAAACAGCAGUGGAGAAGGUGCAUGAAGCUGCAUUCUGGUCCCGACUGAUGAUCAGGAACAGUCCGAAAUGACGUCGCUACCGGGUUACUGGAGAUAAAAUAACUUAUUCAUCUGUUUAAGUGUCAAGGUAAAGCUCCAACGCCCCACAUUCAUGCUGAGUUUCUCUGUCGAUGAGGUCAGAUCAGAGGAAUGUCUUAGUGAUGGGAGUAGUAGUGAGCAGGAGGCGCAUCUUUAUGGGUAGCAGACAUUUAGCUCAUUAUGUGUCGGUGUGAAUCCAUAUCAAUCAAUAGCUAAUGUAAGCCAGUUUUUUUUAAUUCUUAGCAUAGUAUUGUUUACUUUUUAACAUUUCAUAAGUUAGCUACCUCUUUUUAUUUUGUAUUCAUUUCUCGUGGGAUAGGAAAGCCUUUCCCUCCAGGGUAUUCCAUCAUUGUGUCCUUAUCCUUGUUUUAUAUAUAAAUAUAUAUAUAUUGGACUCUCAUGCUGUAUAGACUCAUGUUAGCUCCAACAGCUUCAUUUCUGUAUCGUUCAAAAAAAAAAAAAAAAAAAAAAAAAAACCAACUCUAAUCAGAACAGCUUCCUGAGUUCCACGCAGCGUUGAACUGCUCGCACCGUUAUCGCCCUCGAAAAAAAGUUUCAUUCCACAGUGCAGCCGGUUUAUCAGCAGAGCUUUACCCAAACGGGCUGAAGCAUGUGGGGAGUCAGAUACGGUAUCUCUGCUCCUCCUCGCUUUGUUCAGAUAAGACUCGGCCCGAAGGUUUUGCUCUUCUGCCUCUGCGUCGGUCCUGUCCUUCGUUCACCCAGCAGCUCCAAAUCUUCUCUGACUUUGUAAUUAAUACGGACAACAAAAAAAACAAAACAAGAGAAUACGUGCUCGUGAUCACGGACUGUGACGCCUGACGAAGGAAUGACAGGUGUGGACAAAGCUUGACAAUAAACCGCCGCUGACCAGAUGUCGUUGUGUCUGUUGCUGCUGGUGUUUUUUAAAAAAGGAAAACGUUGAGGUCUGAAACGCCAGAUUUGGUUGGUUGUUUCUUUUGUUUUUCCUUGCAGCUGCAGACGUCUCAUUUCACCCACCUGCAUGGAGCUGCAGGCCCCGGCCUCCCAGAAAAAAAAAAAAGAAGAAGAAAAAAAAGAUCUUUAUCUGAUGUAACGGAAAAGAAACCACAACUUUCUGCUCCCUUGAGAGGAGUUCGGCAACAAAGCACUUCGACUGAACUCUUCUGUCUAAAUCCUGCUCUGCAGACUGUGCCUUUCUUUUCUCUCUCAAAGACUAAACACAGAGAGGCAUUACCCCAAAGAUAGCUAGAAUUUCAGGUAGUUCAAUAAAGGAGUUACCCUGGAGACCGGACCGUAUUGUUUUGAGACGGAGGUAAUGACAGAAAAGAGGACAUAUGUACGGAACGGACACAUAUUUGAUGCCUCAUUGAAAGGAUAGAUUCAAGAUAUUGUAGUUUCCAUUCAUGACCAGCUGAACACAAAAGGAUGAAUUCUCAUAUUACAGGUGUGAAGUGUCUUCUUGUCGAUCUGACUCCAGCAUAUAUUUGAAUCGGGCUUUAGGUAAAGUUUAGUCUAAUCAGAAUAUCAUGUAUCACUACGGGGUAACGCACGCUGUUUCUAUGAGAAAUGUUUUUUUUUUAUUGUAUCUGUUUUUCCUGAAUUAAUGAAAAGAACAAACUUGGCAUAAAUAUGUUUUUUUUUGUUAUUUUUAGUUCUACUAACCAUCUCAAUGAAAUGUUGUUCUCUUUACAAUCUAUUUAUUUCAAAUCCAGAGCCUUUCAGGGUAGGACGGUGUCGCCAAUCCUUGUAUUGUGCCACUCGUCAAAUCGACUAAUAAAUGAUACAGCCUUAAUGUCUGACUCCUUUGUUUUUAUCAAGCAACUAGAACUAA